GCGCGGAGGGCGGGCAACGCGCCGAUUUGGGCUGGUUGGCUUGGGCAGAUUGGCAAGAAGGGAUGGAUCCAGAAAAGGUAGUGCGGAUGUUGAUUGCAUACUGUGAUCCCUCCAAAGAAGCAUAUGAGCCUAUCGCCGAGGAUUGGACAGAUGUUCAAGCGGACAACAACACAAAAGAGGCCGAUGAUAAUUAUCUUUGCAACCCAAUCCCGGAGAAUGAGCAUGUUGGUAUUGAUGAGGAGAAAAUGUAUUUGGAGAAAGAACCUAUACCUCUAAAAUUGGUUCUUUUUUCUGGUAAAGAGAAAGACAAAACCAAUGUUCCUGAGGAUGAGAGCGAGGAUGGGAGCGAGGAGGAGCCUGAAGUAGAGGAGGAGGAGUUGCAUGAGCCAGAUCAUGCCCCAAAUACAGAGUAUGACCAGCAAGACCCUCCGAUGACUGUAGGAUCCACAUAUCCCAAUAUGGAUGUGUUUAAGUUGGCUCUUUUUCAGCAUGCAGUCAAACGUGACUUUGAGUAUAACACAGAGAAGAGCACACAACAUAGGUUAAGGGCCUAUUGUAAAAGAAGAGAUGAAGAUGAUUGCCCAUGGAGGAUACAUGCUUCUACAACAGCUGAUAGGCGUACUGUAAUGGUAAUUGUCUAA